UAGGAUGCGAGACAGAGAGAGAGACCUCGUUCAGAGCGGUUAGGGUUUUCAACCUCACUUCCAUUUUUCGUCUCUUGGCAUCUCGGUGCACCGCCUUUAACGUCGGUGGCCACCACCGCAUCGGCCACUCGCUCCGUCACCGUCACUGUCACAGUCGACAGGUCCCCUACCACCAUUACCAUUGGAGAAACGAAGGAGAAGCAGUCCAGGUAAUGACUAAUGAAUGAUGGUUCAGGAAUUUCAAUCGCUUUGCAGCGGGGAGAUCUUUAGAUCCGAGCAGAUAGAUUAGUGCCCGAAUGCAGCUUUUUAUUUAUUUUUUUUGUUGAAUAUUAAUAUUUGCUCCUUUCACCUUCAAAGAACUCUGGAAGAUCCCGCUCUCAUUUUCUUCAUCCAAUGAGAAGUCUAUGGACUCCGAUGCCGAGCUCCUCAUGCGUUUGCAAGUCUUACUAUCUUAAUCAUGAGUGGUUAAUAAGGGUAAUAUGAUGAUGUCUGAGGAGGUGGGGCAGAUGAUGGCGGUUUAUGAUGAUCCCUCAGAUCAAAGGUCUUUGUCUCUGGACGAUACCAGCAGCACAGAGGAAUCACCAGAUGAAACCAAGCUCUCCCUAGAAACAACCAAUGAUGCAAUUCCAUAUAUAGGGCAAAGAUUUCCUACUCAUGAUGCUGCUUAUGAGUUCUAUAGUGAAUUUGCCAAACGGUGUGGCUUCUCAAUUCGGCGUCAUCGAACAGAAGGAAAAGACGGGGUUGGCAAAGGACUUACAAGACGGUACUUUGUCUGCCACCGUGCGGGCAAUACUCCUGUCAAAACUUCAAAUGAGAAUAAACCUCAAAGAAACCGAAAAUCGUCUAGAUGCGGAUGCCAAGCAUACUUGCGGAUAAGCAAGACAACUGAAUUAGGAGCACCAGAAUGGCGUGUUACAGGUUUUGUGAACCACCACAAGCACGAACUCUUGGAACCAAACCAAGUUCGUUUCCUUCCUGCAUAUCGCACAAUCUCAGACACAGAUAAGAGCCGAAUUCUGAUGUUUGCCAAAACUGGAAUAUCAGUGCAGCAGAUGAUGAGGCUCAUGGAGCUUGAAAAGUGUGUGGAGCCUGGAUACUUACCAUUCACAGAGAAGGAUGUUAGGAAUCUGCUUCAAUCAUUUAGGAAAACGGAUGCAGAGGAUGAGAGCAUAGACUUAUUAAGAAUGUGCAGAAACAUAAAGGAGAAAGAUCCCAACUUCAGGUUUGACUUCAGUCUUGAUUCAAACAGCAGGUUGGAGAACAUUGCCUGGUCAUAUGGUUUGUCAGUCCAGGCAUAUGAGAUCUUUGGUGAUGCAGUGGUAUUUGAUACUACACAUCGUUUGACUGCUUUUGACAUGCCACUUGGGAUUUGGGUUGGUAUCAAUAAUUAUGGUAUGCCUUGCUUCUUUGGUUGCGUGCUUCUGCGAGAGGAAAACUUGCGAUCUUUCUCUUGGGCUUUGAAGGCAUUCUUGGGGUUCAUGAAUGGAAAGGCUCCACAAACAUUAUUAACAGACCAAAAUUUGUGUCUGAAAGAAGCAAUUGCAAUGGAGAUGCCGGCUACAAAACAUGCACUCUGCAUUUGGAUGAUUGUAGCAAAGUUCCCGUCCUGGUUUAAUGCUGUUCUUGGGGAGAGUUACAAUGAAUGGAAGGCUGAGUUCUACCAACUUUACAAUUUGGAGUCAAUUGAGGAUUUUGAGCUAGGGUGGAGAGAUAUGGUUAAUUCCUUUGGACUCCAAACUAACAGGCAUAUGACCAAUUUGUUUGCCUUGCGAUCACUAUGGGCAUUGCCAUAUUUGAGAAGCCAUUUCUUUGCUGGGAUGACUACAACUGGCCAGUCAAAGUCAAUUAAUGCUUUCAUUCAACGGUUUUUAAGCGCACAAUCACGGCUUGCACACUUUGUAGAACAAGUGGCUGUUGCUGUGGAUUUCAAAGAUCAAGCAGGAGAACAACAAAUGACGCAGCAGAACCUGCAAAACAUUUGCCUCAAGACGGGGGCCCCAAUGGAAUCUCAUGCAGCUGCAAUUCUCACACCUUUUGCAUUUUCUAAGCUCCAGGAGCAACUCGUUUUGGCUGCACACUAUGCAUCAUUCCAGAUGGAGGAUGGCUUCCUUGUGAGACAUCACACAAAACUUGAUGGUGGCAGGAAAGUCUAUUGGGUUCCACAGGAAGGCAUCAUAAGUUGCAGUUGCCAUCAAUUUGAGUUCUCUGGAAUCCUCUGCCGGCAUGCUCUUCGGGUCCUCUCUACCGGAAAUUGCUUUCAGAUUCCAGAAAGAUAUCUUCCCCUUCGUUGGCGGCGGAUCAGCAUCCCAUCCCCGAAGCUCCUUCAGAGUAGUACAAACGAUCAAGCAGAAAGAAUUCAACUGUUGCAGCAUAUGGUAUCAACUCUUGUCACAGAGUCAACUAAAUCUAAGGAACGUCUUGAUAUUGCAGUGGAGCAAGUGUCCAUUCUUCUAUCUCGGAUAAGAGAGCAGCCAGUGUUGUCACAAGGUAUGAGAGACAUCUCCUCCAUGAACAGGAAUAUCUGAAUUGUAUAUGUAACUUGGAACAGUUGCAUGCUUCAGAAUUCUCAUAAAAAAUUGUGGGAACCAUGCGAAAAUAUGGUGAUGACUGCAUCAGCGGCGCGGCUUCAUUAAAAACCGAAGUCUCAAGAUGUAUAAAGGGUUCAAUUCUGAUAUUCCUUGCCUGAUAUUUUUUUGUAGGCUUUGUUGCAUGCAACCAAAUCAUAUAGAGUGUUGCCUUGCUUAGCCGUAGCGGAUACUGAAAUAUUAACAUACAAUCUGUUUGUAUAGAUAUCUCUGGGAAGAACUUUCUCUUCCUUUUUUUUUAUAAUUUAUCUUCUUCUCAUGUCGCCCUCCUAAUUUCUCCUUUCAAUUUUUUGUCUACGAAAUGCUGAUUCUGGAAACUGGUUUGUUGUAUUGAAGGCUGUUAUUUGAUGGGUUGUGAA